CCACGGUACUGUCACCGCCGGUAUCCGUUCAACUAUUGCUUCAGCCCCAAUCCUCGACAUAUUCUCCGCCGGUCCCCUAUUUACACAUCACUCUUUCGGGCCGCUUCCUUGCUUCCCCUUUCUUCCCACCGGCCGAGCAACUGCCCGCAGCGUCCUCAGCACCCCCCCCCCGGACCACCUCCCAACCCUGAGCCGAACCCGCUGCUCGGCUUGCACUUCGUGAUCUUGAGGCAAAGGUGCCCGGUGGCUGGUGCUUAAGGUUCUGCAUGCAUUGGGAUGGCAUGAUCGGGGAGAAAUAUAGCGAAUUCAAUCUCUUUAAUCUCACCAGACAAGUACACCUGUACCCUCAACUUGGUUCCAGCUGGACUGGCCUUGUUUCCUUGAGUUAAUUUCAUUGCUGUUGGAAUGGCGGGAGCGGCAGCGGCAGCAUUCUCUUCAGAUGUUUGGUUGUCGUCCGGUGUAGAUUCAAACCAGCACCAGUGGGAGUUUUCAGUCCCGCUUACACCAAAUAGUACCGUUCGUCGUUCUAAGUCCCGGUCUUCAUACGAGUCCACCAACCGAUCAAGACGUAAUUCUAGGGGAUCCCGUAGCUCCUCACUGUCAAAACAUGCCUACGCACAUGAGUUAGGAUAUAUGAAUUCUCGAGGACGAAGAGAUGUUAGCCAUGGCCGGCGCGGAAGCGAGGCUGGGAGCUCGCGAGAUGUCUAUGGACAGGAUGCGAUGAGUCGCAGCAUUGGCAAUUUCAGGAACUCGGAGGAUACAUAUAAUGGAUCUCUAAGGAAGAGUGAACUGAAAGAAGGUGCCAGACCAUACCCGGAAGACGCAGACGAUACAAACUGGAUCCAUCGUGACAAACUAGCGAAAAUCGAAAGUGAAGAGUUGCAGCAGAUCCUCUUCCAGCGCCGAGUAGGAUCUGGGAGUAUUAGGUCCGGGCGUGGAAGAAAUCAUGAUAUGCACCAUAAUGAGGUUACGACACCGCCGAUAGAACAAAUGGAGCCCUGGCCAAACCUGGAAGGUCAACGAGAGAUCGCUGGCUCCCCGACCGGUCUCGAUAAUGACACACGCGGCAACUGGGACCUUCGCAAGCCUGAGGAGAUCGCGGCGGACGACGGCGCAUCUAGCAUAUACCACAACCCUGCUCUUCGCAAGAGCUCGUCUCGAAUCCCCAUUCCCACUGCUAGCACCGCGCCUUUGAACCGUUCGCGUGCGAAUACCAUUAGUGACGAGGAGACCCUGUCAUUUGGUAUGCCUCGCAGGGCUAGUGAGCCUAUCACGGUAGAUUUGACGAAUGCCUCGCCCCCGGCUGCUGGGAGCCGGCCCGCUAGCCGGGGUGUCCAAGCCCAGAUUAACGCAGCCAAGAAGACGCCCGCUAAGGGUGCGGCUGGCACUGGGACUCGGAAAACAUCCGCUCCUGCGUCAACAAGGAGGCCUCCUCCCCGAAGUCGUACUACGUCCAAUAACAAUUCUCAGCGUCAGGGAAAGCCGGGCGAUCGUCCGAAAACUGCUGUCAACCGCCCUGAAGGGGACCCCCCGUGGCUGGCGACCAUGUACAAGCCAGACCCGCGUCUACCCCCAGAUCAGCAAAUGCUGCCCACUCAUGCGAAACGGAUGCAGCAAGAGGAGUGGGAGAAAGAGGGCAAGACACCAACUACGUAUGAUCGCGAGUUUGCUCCGUUAGCGGUUGGUCAUGAUGGUCCAAGGCCUGUGGAGAGUACUGAGAAGGUGGAGGAUCCAGAGAAAAAGCAAGAGCCAACGCCUUCGCAGCCCCAGCCCAAGCCCGAACCACCAAGCGCACCGAAGACCCCAGACCCGAUCACCCGACCAAAUACAGGCACUGGGUAUAGUCCUAUGCCCAAACUGCAAGAACCUUCCCAAGCGGCUCCCCAAGCGGCACUGACACCCAAAUGGAGUCCGCCCGUUGUGACGGCAGAGCCACCGCCGCCAAAGGAGAAGGGUUGCGGAUGUUGCAUUGUGAUGUGAUGUUUCACAUCGUACUUCUUUCCCAAGCUAUUCGUCAUUUUGAUGGCGACGUAUUCUUAAUUUUCCCUCGGAAUUCUUACCCCCGUUUCGCAUUAUAUUCCUUCGGUUAGCGUGUCAUGUUGGUUGUUGUUGAUCACCAGUGCUCUCUGCUUUUAGGACCUUUUUAAUUCCCUGUCCAUUUUAUUGUCGCCCCAUCCGGAUUUUCCAAUUUCUUGCGUUGUGGCUAGUCGCUC